AUAACUAACUAAUCGCAAGAUGUUGAAGUUUUGCCCACUGUGCAUAAAGAACGGUGUUAAAAAUCGGAUCAAAGCGUUCCAAAUCAACCUAGAGGAAGCGAUGUGGAGCUGCGAGAAUUCGAACUGCGUCUGGCCUUUGGGCUACGAAGAUCUGACAAAGUUGAUCUUUCAAAGAUCAGCCUCAACAUGUACUUGGGAAGAUACGUAUCUCGAUGAAGAAUGUACACCCACGUUAAUAGAACUGACACUUUAUACACCACCUAUGACUCCCCUGGAAUGCUCGGUAAACUCUACAAUGCAAGACAAACCUAGCGAAUUAUCGUCCACAAGUGAGUCUAUCGAUUCAAAGAGAGAAAUUAUAGACUGCAAAAGGCUGCCGAAUGAGUUAGCAGCUAAGUUUACAAAAGAAAAGGAUAUAAAUGCGAAUGCUGAUAAACCGUUGCCUAAGAUUGUUAAUAUUGAGAAAGUUAACAUUGAUAUUACCAAAAUUCUUCAAGAUAAACAUCCCAGUGAUGGAAAAAUGCAGGAGCAUUUGUCUGCAACCUCUGUAACGAGUACUGCAGAAAAUUAUGGUGCUUCCGCCGACAUAGAAUACUAUGAAUUUAAUUCACAUAAACAAUAUAAGACUGGAAAGGAAUGUAAAGGAAGGAAAAAUGACAAUGUACAAAGAAACGAAGCGUAUAAUUUAGAUGCAGGUAUUAGCUCGAAUAUACCAUCAGUAACUACAAAUAUGGAAGUUCAAGUGGAUAUUAUAAAUAAUCCAAAUAAUCCAGGAACAAAUGGUUCUACAUUAGAUGUUACAAAUACUAACGACACGAAUAUAGAUACAAUGUUGGAUGAUAUUUUGGAAAAUGCAAACGAGAUUACCAAAGAUAUGAGCUAUGAUUGGCUAGAUUUUAUACAAAUUUAAUUCAAAAUAGCUUAUAUUUUGUUACUUAAUAUCACUCGUGUGAAACGAGUGAUAUAUAACAAAAACGUGUGAAACUUGUAAGAACGACUGCAGAUUGGAACUACUUUUUUAUCUUCUUUUUUCUGAUAAAAAGAACAUCAAGUGAUAAUAGCUUAAUAAAAUCAAUAAAGAAAUUAAAAGAUACCAUAUAUAUAUAUUUUGUAAUUAUAUAGUCUAUUUUUGUUUACUUGUAUUUUUGAUUGUUAUUAAGAUGGCAAUUGUCUAAUAAAAAGCGAAUGAUGAAAAAUAUUUGUAUUAAGAUCCGUCGUAUAAUUC